AUUAUUGAAAAUCUAGGCUAUUGAAGGAAACAGAUCAAUUGAAGAAAUAGGCAGGGUGUAGCCAUGAUUGUUGGUAACUAGUGACAACCGGGUUCCUCUGAUAACAAAUGUGUUGGAGCUGUGCACCUGCGCACAGGGUCUUUAUUGAGAAUUGAUGUCAAGUGUAGAUUCGCUGGUUCUGAGAGCUCGUUCUGCAAUGGGACUCGAGUAAGACCGUGGCGCGGAAGCGAGCACUCCGGACAAGGUGUAUGAGGUGUGAUGGCGUCGUGCUCUGAGGCCUGUAACUCAGGGUCUGGAUGUGGGUCAGGGUCCUCAGGCUGUGAGGUAGGUUCUAGCUGUGCCUGUCCGCAGUUUGGGGUGCGUUCCUACCUGCACCAUUUCUAUGAGGGGUGUAGCACUGCAUCAGGGUGGGAGAGAGACCCUGAGGGAGUGGGGGACGUCCAGACCUUGAGAUCGCCCCUGAGGUGGAGCUCAGCACUCUGGAAGGUCUCUCUGGCCCUUGGUCUCCUGAUGGUGACCUCUGGUCUGGUCAGUCUAUCCGUGGGUUACUCCGGCCCCACCAGGAUCGAGUCCUUCGGGGAGGGGGACCUCCUCUUCACAGACACCCAGGCUGUCAGUUUUAACAGGGGUCUGCAUCACUGCGUGGCGGCCGGGAUCGGUCUCACCUGCCUGGGAACGGGUCUGACCGUGGCGGGCCUCCUUUUCUGGUCCUUCUCCAGGAGCAAAUUGAAAGAGAGGCUAUAUCGGAGAGAGAGAGAGAAGAAAGGAGGGGUGGAGUGUGGAAAGAAGGAAGGGAUAGAGGGGGGGGCACAGGGAGGAGGACAGGGGGAGAUGGCUGUUAUGAAGGCCCCUGGAGCAGGGAAGGGGAAGGUGCCUGCCAUCCUGACCAAAGUGGAAACGGUCCAGCCAUCAGGAAGAGAAUCCCCAUAGGUUUUAAAAGGUCUUUAUGUGGUGCACAUGUGUCCUCUUUUAAAAUGAGCUGAAUCUUGUCAAAUCACAUAUGUUGAAAAGUCUAUAAGCUAUUUAAAUAAUGGUCAUAUGUUGAAAAGUCUAUAAGCUAUUUAAAUAAUGUUCACACAUGUUGAAAAGUCUAUAAGCUAUUUAAAUAAUGGUCACAUGUUGAAAAGUCUAUAAGCUAUUUAAAUAAUGGUCACAUGUUGAAAAGUCUAUAAGCUAUUUAAAUAAUGGUCACAUGUUGAAAAGUCUAUAAGCUAUUUAAAUAAUGGUCACAUGUUGAAAAGUCUAUAAGCUAUUUAAAUAAUGGUCACACAUGUUGAAACGUCUAUAAGCUAUUUGAAUGGUGGUCUUGAUAAGGAGUGAUUUGGUACAACUCUCAUACAUUUGUUCUUUGAAUUUACUCGUCAAUGAUUUUUGCAUCGUGUUCCACCUCACUGUUGUAAAAUAUAAGAAAUUGACUUUUCUCAUGUCAUUUUAGAGCAACUUGCAGGACCAAUUUUACUCAAUUUAAUAUAUAUAUAUAUACUGUAUUAUCACAUGAUUUACAGUGGGUGUGUUUACUCACAUGCGUAAACACACCGGCCCCAUUGAGCAUUACACCCAUUACCUGUACUCCUGUACUCACGCACCGAACCAUAGUAUAGUAUACCUGCAUAGUAUAUACCUGUAUAGUAUACCUGUAUGGUAUAUACCUGUAUAGUAUAUACCUGCAUUGUAUAUACCUGUAUAGUAUACCUGUAUGGUAUUUACCUGUAUGGUUUCUACUUGUAUAGUAUACCUGUAUGGUGUAUACCUGUGUGGUGUAUACCUGUAUGGUGUAUACCUGUAUGGUGUAUACCUGUAUAGUAUACCUGCAUAGUAUAUACCUGUAUGGUGUAUACCUGUAUAGUAUAUACCUGUGUAGUAUAUACCUGUAUAGUAUACCUGUAUAGUAUAUACCUGUGUGGUAUACCUGUAUAGUAUACCUCUAUAGUAUAUACCUGUAUAGUAUACAUGUAUAGUAUACCUGUGUGGUAUACCUGUAUAGUAUACCUCUAUAGUAUAUACCUGUAUAGUAUACCUGUAUAGUAUAUACCUGUGUGGUAUACCUGUAUAGUAUACCUCUAUAGUAUAUACCUGUAUAGUAUACAUGUAUAGUAUACCUGUAUUGUACACCUGUGUGGUAUAUACCUGUGUGGUAUACUAUAGUAUAUACCUGUAUAGUAUACCUGUAUAGUAUAUACCUGUGUGGUAACCUAUAGUAUAUACCUGUAUAGUAUAUACCUGUGUGGUAUACUAUAGUAUAUACCUGUAUAGUAUACCUGUAUAGUAUACCUGUAUAGUGUAUACCUGUGUGGUAUACUAUAGUAUAUACCUGUAUAGUAUAUACCUGUAUAGUAUAUACCUGUGUGGUAUACUAUAGUAUAUACCUGUAUAGUAUACCUGUAUAGUAUACCUGUAUAGUAUAUACCUGUGUGGUAUACUAUAGUAUACCUGUAUAGUAUACCUGUAUAGUAUAUACCUGUGUGGUAUACUAUAGUAUAUACCUGUAUAGUAUACAUGUAUAGUAUACCUGUAUAGUAUAUACCUGUGUGGUAUACUAUAGUAUAUACCUGUAUAGUAUACCUGUAUAGUAUACCUGUAUAGUAUAUACCUGUGUGGUAUACUAUAGUAUACCUGUAUAGUAUACCUGUAUAGUAUAUACCUGUGUGGUAUACUAUAGUAUAUACCUGUAUAGUAUACAUGUAUAGUAUACCUGUAUAGUAUAUACCUGUGUGGUAUACUAUAGUAUAUACCUAUAUAGUAUACCUGUAUAGUAUACCUGUAUAGUAUAUACCUGUGUGGUAUAUACCUUUAUGUGAGAAUUGGAGUGGAGCAAACGGUUGUCUGCUGAAUAAACCCCUGAUCUGCAAACUCU